AUGGAUGUUCUAUCUAUUCCUACUAGUCUCACAAUUACAACAUUUUGUGUCAUUUUAGCAGUAGCAGCAUUUGUGUUCAAAGUACUUGUCUUCAACAAGGGAAAGUACCAUCCUGUUGCUGGAACAAUCAUCGAUCAUUUGCUGAAUUUCAACAGGCUGCAUGAUUACAUGAAAGAAAUGGCAAGCAAAUACAAUACCUAUAGGAUACUUAAUCUUUUCCAAAGUGAGGUUUACACCUCCGACCCUGUUAAUAUCGAGUAUAUUCUAAAGACAAAUUUCCCCAACUAUGGCAAGGGUUGGCACCAUUACAGCAGAUUGAAUGAUCUUCUCGGUGAUGGGAUCUUCACAGUCGAUGGAGACAAGUGGAAAAAUCAACGGAAGAUAUCAAGUUAUGAAUUCUCCACCAAAAAUUUAAGGGACUUUAGUAGUGCAGUUUUCAGAAUUAGUGCAGUAAAACUUGCUCACAAAGUAUCUGAAGCUGUGACCUCAAAUCAAGCAACAGAUAUUCAAGUCUUGUUUACGAAAUCAACACUGGAGACGGUAUUCAAGAUUUUACUAGGUGUGGAUCUAGACACUACAACUGAAGAAGGCAUUCUCUUUUCCAAUGCUUUUGAUGAAGCUAGUGCAGUAACUCUCUAUCGCUACGUUGAUGUGUUUUGGAAAGUGAAAAGAUUUCUAAACAUUGGGUCAGAAGCAAAUAUGAAGAAGUGUAUUAAAGUUGUUGAUGAAUUUAUAUAUAAAAUUAUCAGAAACAAGAUAGAACAGAUGAGUAAGUCGCGAGAUGAUAGCAGGGUGAUGAAGAAAUCAGAUAUUCUGUCUAGGUUUCUGGAAAUGAACAAAACGGAUCCAAAGUACCUUAAGGACAUAAUCCUUAGCUUUAUAAUUGCUGGCAAAGACACUACAGCUAGCACACUUUCCUGGUUCUUCUACAUGAUGUGCAAGCACCCUCUCCUACAAGAAAAAAUUGCAGAUGAAGUCAGGAAAGCAACUGGAAUAAACCAGAAUUCGAGUAUUGAUGAGCUAGCUAACAGCAUUACUGAUGACGCACUGGAUAAAAUGCAGUAUCUCCAUGCAUCAUUAACUGAGACGCUUAGAUUAUAUCCUGCAAUUCCUGUGAAUGGCAAAGUUUGUUUAUCAGAUGACACUUUCCCUGAUGGGUUCAAAGUGAGGAAAGGGGACGCUGUCGCAUAUCAACCAUGGGCUAUGGGCAGGAUGACAUCUUUAUGGGGUGAUGAUGCAGAGGAUUUUCGGCCAGAGAGAUGGAUUGAUGAAAAUUGUUGCUUUCGGCAAGAAAGUCCCUUUAAGUUCACAGCCUUCCAGGGUGGGCCGAGAAUUUGUUUGGGGAAGGAAUUUGCUUACAGACAGAUGAAGAUUUUUUCAGCAGUGUUGCUGGGCACCUUUAGAUUUAAGCUGAGUGAUGAAGAAAGAAGAGUUACAUACAGAACCAUGCUCACUCUUCACAUUGACGGUGGCCUCCAUCUUCAUGCUUCCUACAGAUUACGGCACCAUAACCCGCCGGCCCGGAACAAUAUGCCUGCUUAAUACUCCAUAUUAUCUUGUCUGCAUAUUUAGGGCAUAUCUAUGUAGCGCAUAAUUAAAAUUCUGCACAAUUAUACAA